AUGUAUACAUCCCCGUCUUUGAACUCGGAUGAUAAAUCAAUUAUCGAAAAACAAAAGGAUGAUGAAGCUGAAUUAGUUUUGCGUACAAUUGAACUGUUUAAACUUCGAAGAAUCACUAACAUUAGGGCAGCUUUGGAGUUUAUCCGCGGUCGGAUUAUUUACAAGAAAGCUAUAGAUCCUCUCGAUAUACAUGAACCUAUUGAUAAUUUGUUAGAAGCGACGUUAAAUGAAGAUGCAGAUUUUAAGGAAUGUUUGGGGAAGACGUGUAAGGUGAAUAAUGUGACAACAGAUGCCGUGAAGAAAUGUAUUGGUGGUCUGUAUCAUACGUCAUCAAAAGGACUUCAUGGUUACGACAAAAUUGCGAUUCGUGCAAAAGAUUGGGAGGUAAAUGAGAUAAUUGCCUUGGGUCUCAUUUUCAAAUAUUAUCGUAUUCCUUUCAUUUAUUGGGAUGAACCGGAUCGAGAGGCGAAAUUUCCAUACGAGUUAGCAGUUUAA